CUCCGCUAUCAGUCCCAGAGACAGUGAUACCUAUCAACAGGCCCCUCCCAAUGUCACUGUGGAGGUAAAAAGCUAAUAAAGGCAGCUCAUCAUAGGUUUCAGCUAGCAGCCAGACCAACCCUGCACUCCAGCUGGUGAAAGCCAAAAAGAAUACACCCAGCCAUCAGAAAUGAGUGAGGAAAGAACGGCAUAUGCAGAGCUGACAUUAUCCCUUAAAAGUAAGAAGGACAAAAACCAGCCAAUUAAGGAAAAGAGAGAUUGUCCAUGGAUCAUGACUGUUAUUAUCCUGGGAACAGUAUGUCUUUGUUUUCUGAUGUCAAAUGUAGUCUUGGGAUAUCUGUUUUUUCAGUGCACUUCUAACUUCAAAAUUCAGCAUGGGAAGGAUGCAAAUGAAAGUACUAUUUCCUCAAUGGAAGUAGCAGGUCCUUCAGUUUUACCACCAACUAAAGGCUAUUACCCGUGUCAAGGAAGAUGGUCAUGUUGUGGAGAAAAUUGUUACUACUUUUCAGAGGAAGAAAAGACAUGGGAUGAGAGUGAGACAUCCUGCAGACACCUGGGUUCUCACCUGGCUAAGAUUGACAACAAAGAGGAGCAGAACUUUAUUCAGUCACAAUUGACAUACAGCUACUGGAUUGGAUUACAUAAAGUUGGAAGUCAAUUUCAGUGGGUGCACCAGAAGGACACAAAACUUUCGUCAGAUUUGGAGUUUUACACAACACAUUCAACAUCUGCAGAAUGUGGAUACCUCAAGCCAAAGUACCUCAGCAAUGCUUUGUGUAGUAGACAUUUCCAUUACAUUUGUGAAAAGAACUUUACCUGCUCUGUUACUUCAAAGAAUUGGUAAAAAAAUCACAGUUUUUCUAUUUUUAUUCCUUAAUAGCUAUUAGUAAAAUAAAAUUCAACAGCUUAGAAUAUUGACCCAAAUUAGAAAACUCUACAUGAUUUAGGAAAGCUUAUUCUCUUGAAGCAAGCAUAAAGCAGAGAUUUUUAGGCAGUAAAUGCAAUAAACUCAAGGAGUACAUAUAUAUUUUGAAAUGACAAGAAUCAGCAAAUGGAAAAACAUGAAACGCUUAUUUUGUUUAAGUGAAAUACCUUGUAUUAAUUUUCCUAAUUAGGAAGACAAAUUCAGUCCAGUGUGUGAGUGGUACAUUUGAAUUGUUUAAAAUACAAAGGAAAGCAAAAUUGAACUGUCAAACCACUUAUUCUUUCCUUUCUUGUUUUCCAAUAACCACUUGUCAGACUCAAACAACUGGAUUUUAGAUAUCAUUCCAAGGAUAUCACAUGAAAACACCUUUUACUUAUGAAGCAAAUGUUACAAAUGCAUAAAGUGUAAUCUGAUUUUUUUUCACUUUUUGGGAGGUUGAUUUUUAUGAUGCCUCACUGUGUAGUUGUUGUUAGCCUAGAACUUAUGUAGGACAGGCUAACUUGAAAUUGGUGGUGGUCCCCUCACCCUGGACCUCCUGAAUGCUUAGAUUGCACGUGUGCACCAAGCCCAGUUGUGCUUUUCAAUAUUUAGACAUCACAGACUGCUUCUUGUCAGAACAUAAAAAGAGAGGUUUACUUUUUGGAAGCAUCUGUAAGCAUUGUGCUAGUAAGAGAUGUGCCAAAAUGUACUUAGCAAUGGAUGUUUAGACUUAUUCUAGAAUUUACAAUUACAUAAGACCUGGAGUGAGUGGGACUUUAUGUAAUUUUGUGUAGCACGGGGAAUGUCUCCAUGAUAAAUCUCUGCUACUGUAAUUCCUGUGUCAAAUUUUUAUAUUUUAGCAGAUAUUUAAUAAGUAUUAUUCACAUUGGUUGUGCCUUUACCAUCCUCCAAACAGUAAAUUUCACCAAUACUUGAUUCUUCACAAGACUCAACUUCAAAUUUUAGGCUAAGGACUCAAACAUCCUUCCUCCCACUUUAAUUAUAGUUGCCUUUGACAAUAUUGACCUUUAAUAUCCGGGAAGAGAUUCCAAGAGCCAUAGGAGCAAAAAGAGGAGAUAGGAGAAAGAGACAAGAGGCAAACUCGACAGAGGGCUGUGGCAUUUGCCUCCUCCUGGGCCUUCUCAGGGAACACUAGAGCUCCAUCUGGUGACCACCAGUUCAGUCUAAGGGAGCUAACCCAGGCUUAGGUUCAGAAUCCUUUUGCCAGGUUGAGCUCUGGGAAUCCAGUGGAUGGGAGGGAGGAGGGAUUCCGAGGGCCAGGGGACAUCGAGAUCAUGAUGGGAAGACAUGCAGAGAUGACCGACCACACUGCUAGAGACCCAUGAACUGUGGACUGGUGGCUGUGGAGCCCCCAUGGGACUAGACUAGGCCCUCUGGAUAAGGGAGAUAGUUGUUUAGCUCGAACUGUUUGGGGGACACCCGAGUGGGGAACCGGGAUCCAUCCCUGGUGCAUGGGCAGGCUUUUUGGAGCCCUGUACCUGUGGUGUGGCACCUUGCUCAGCCUUGGCCGGGCAGGCAGGGGCUUGGACCUGCCUAGCCUUGGUGUGCUGGACUCUGCUGA